AUUAUAUGGACUCGUAAAUUGUAUGGAUUAUGGUCUUGGCUCUUCUAUUUAUCCUGAUAUGAUCUGUGAUGAAGUUAGGCAUCUCAUGAACAGUAGCCGAGGUUUCACAAUACUGGGGGACCAGGUGAAUCGAUGGAAUUGCGGUCACUUGUUCAUGCCAAAGCAGCUUUCGUUAGCUGAGGCAUUGCAGUGUUUACUCAUAGGUGAGCGAAUGUAUCUUCACUCCCAUUUGGGAAGUAUCUAGAUAGCUAGCGACGCAUCCGAGUUUUCACCGAGAUGUAUUAAGCUUGUCGUUUCGUACACUGGACUGAAAAUUUUGUGAAAGAAUACUUUAGUCUGAUGGUCUUCCAACUGCAAUCCCGCAAAGGUCUUGUAAAUUCUUUUCCGCCGAACCGAUGGACGAACGCAACUAUAUUGGUUUUAUAUUCACGAAAAACACAAGCAGCAAAGCCGAAACGAGGCCGAAACGAGGCCGGAUAUCGGAAUCGGAUUACCCAUUCCAGCCUCGGCACAGGAGUACCCACAGCAAUAGUAAGGCUGAGACUAUCAAGAUUCAAGCUUCUUCUAGAAAAUGUCGGCCUUCCAUAGGCUUAUGGAUCCGUGCUUUCCGAUGAGACAACGACCCACCAGCUGAAGCACCUUCCCGUCUGCGGCGGAGGAUACGCACCUUCACUCCAAGACUGAAGACCUAAGAUCAAUAGUGUAAGCAAAGAAAGGGGAGGGCGAAGAAGGCGACAUAAAUAUAGAAGCUCAACGACUUGGUUUAUCGCCUUCAGAUGAAGAGGCGGUCUGCUUGGAUGUUGUUAGUGGUUUUGUUAGUUCUGAAAGGAAAUUGUUGGCCCCAAUAUAAAAUAUCUGCUGAAAAUAUGAGUCUUCCCGGUCACGAUCUAGCUUAUUCGGCAGAAGGGAGGAGGAUAAUAAUAAGACACCAAGACGCCGAGUGCAAGUCAUGCCGAGUGCCCGGACAUUCUCGUCAGGUCAGCCAGCCGUGAGUAAGUGGAUGACUAUGAGUCUUACAAGGUGCAGCCCAUUUUGAUUCUCCGGACUUGCAGGUCCAUUUGUUAUUCACUGCUCGCAUAGGGCGGCUUGCUGAAGUCGAUAUGAUUGAUGACCGCUAUUUGCACGUGGAAUGUUUGUGUAAAGAGUCGUGUUUCAGACCAUGGACUAUUCAGGCGACCCAAUAACCGGCCGAAGAAGUUACCUAGACUGAAUGCCUCAUCAUCGCCGGUUUGUUGUCGUUGUCUCGUUGGCUUUCACGAGCGUUAAGUCCGCCCUGGUCAGCUCGCUUGGAUCCCGGCGCUCGAGUAUUCCGUCACCCUCUUCCCUUCCACUUCAACACUACUGCUACGGGAUUGAUAGGGAGACUUUCUUUGUGGCUUCUUCUUACCACUAUUUUGAAAUCUGGAGCUACGGGCGUACGAUUCGUCAGUCGGUCUUACCAACCUAUUCUUAUCACCUGCUCACGAGUCGUGGAGCCGUCCCCCAAUUCGUCUUCAUCAUUCUGUUCAUUCUUAUCUUAUCCUCCGCGCAUUGCAUUGCCUUGCAUCGCCUCACAUCGGCUUUUGGAGCUGCUCUCGUUGCUUUGCUUUGCUUUGUUGUAGCUGUUGCUAUUGCUGGUCCCCUGGGCUUCCGCACUCGCCGCACCGUAUCGACGAUUGGUGGCGCAUCUUUAUCGCGCCCCUCUCCCCCCUCCCAAACUCUGUAGCACAUCUCCCGUCGCCCUCGAGAUUUGGUUUAGCCCCACUACUGCCAACGACAGACCCGGUCUUCUAGCAUUUGUUUUGCAAAGUCUCCUACCAACGACCUCAAUCCACGAUCAUCUAUCGUCAACCCACCCUUUUGCCCAGCCAGGGGAAUUGCUCCCGCCUGUCGCUUGUUCCAAGCCCUUGUUAUCUCCUAACAUCCUCUGUCUCGAAUCAUGGCUGAACGAGAUCAAGUUCCUGCUCCCCAGAAGGGCCCGAUUGGCUCCGACCAUAUUACCGACUCGUCCCUCAAUCCCAAUAAGCCCAUCGAGGGUUCUCCAACAGUUCGCUUUGCAUCUGCCAACGAGGAGAUUGAGCCAGUCCCUCUCGACGACAACAAACCUAUACCACCGCGAUCACAACAAGAGGAACAGAGCAUCAAGGAAUUGUCACAGUCGUUGCAGAGUACGCAGCUCCAGGGACGUCGAAUGAGCCAUUUCGCAUUCGAGCCAGUCUCUCUUCCAGCAUCAAGGGUACGUCCGGACUUUUUAUACACACAUGCUUUUGUCCGAACCUCCGAUAUAGAAGAUCACCGAGUGAUAAAUGACUACGUACUUCAUACGUGACGGCGGGCGAAGUUCGGAAGCCCUGGGUGUUUCCCUGCGUUGCCGGCGUCAUCUUUUUUAUCUUCAUAUGCAUUGAAAACAGACGAGAUCCUAGAUGCACCCCCACGAAACUAAAGGCUAUUUUGCCUGGGAUACCCCACCAAACCCCAUCCAUCCUAUAUAGUUCUUUUGCUGCCCUGUUUCUCUUUGGUCACUUCAACUCUCGAACUGCGGCUCAUCGAAUGUCCAUAGGUUCCCUCACAAGAAGAUAGCUCGCGAGAACCAAGUCGACACAACACUCAUACUUCCUCGAACCAGCCUUCGUCUCAUCACAGUCCUCGGCCGUCUUCUAUGCACUCACCGCCCAUAACUCCUGCGGCGACGCGAUCGAGAGACGCUAUUGAUUCUACUCUGAAAGGAGGAAAUCUACAAAAGGUGGAAGCAGUUGAUGAUCAAGCCGCCGUCACCCCACAGAUAUCUCCUCCCGGCACAUCUCCGUCAACGACUAACCUUGAUGAUUCAAGGCCUACAUCAUCUGGACAAGGGACUGGUCCAACCAGUCACGCCUCGGAUGCUACGGCACCCACAAAACAUCACGGUCAUUUCUCCAUUGGCCCAACUACACACGAUUCCGUUCCCGUUUCCCGAGAGCAGAGUCCAUCUCGAGGUAUUGGACCAGGAGCAACAUACAGUCGACCUUUCACACCUGCAGGAGAUGCCAAUGACCCCUAUGCGGCACAUAAGCGGGUGCCUCAACCUAAGGGUCCCGAAAACAUAGACUCGAGGUUUAAGUUCCAAAGCCUGAGCUCGAAGAAUCGUGUGAAUUCUGGGUCAUCGAUGAAUCUGCCACGAUCAUCACGAAGUACAGGCGAUGUCAGCUCCUCUGAGAAACGACAUUCUCAUAUUUUCGGUGGACACAAGGAGCACCUUGCCCAUGAGGACAGCUCGUCGACUCUCAAUGGUAGCAAGCAUGGCUCCAUGUCAGAGCUGAAGAGGUUCUUGAAACUUGGAGGGCAUCACAAGGCGAAACGAGCAGCAUCCCCGACACCAUCAGCAAAGUCUGGUACCAAGACUCCCCCGCAUCACAGAACUCCUCAACAAUUACCGUUUGGCGACGAUCAUGGAUUACAAUCUAAAUAUGGAAAGUUUGGCAAGGUCCUUGGCGCAGGUGCCGGUGGCUCGGUACGUCUGAUGAAGAGAAGUUGCGAUAAUACAACUUUUGCGGUGAAGGAGUUCCGAGCAAGACAUUCCUACGAGACGGAGAAGGAGUAUGCGAAGAAGGUUACCGCAGAAUUCUGUGUUGGGUCGACCCUACACCAUGGCAACAUCAUCGAAACUUUGGAUAUUGUACACGAGAAAGGAAGAUGGUACGAGGUCAUGGAGUACGCUCCAUACGACCUGUUUGCCAUUGUUAUGACCGGAAAGAUGUCGAGAGAAGAAAUCACUUGCUCUUUUCUACAGAUUCUUAGUGGCGUCACCUAUCUUCACAGUAUGGGUUUGGCUCAUCGGGAUUUGAAGCUGGAUAAUGUGGUUGUGAAUGAGUAUGGUAUUAUGAAGAUUAUCGAUUUCGGGAGUGCAAGCGUCUUCAAAUAUCCAUUUGAGAACGGGAUCACACUUGCAAGUGGCAUCGUUGGAUCUGACCCUUACCUUGCACCGGAAGUGUAUGACGAGCGAAAAUACGAUCCCCAACCUGCAGACAUCUGGUCACUUGCAAUCAUAUUCUGCUGCAUGUCCCUCCGUCGAUUCCCAUGGAAGAUGCCUCGAAUGACGGAUAAUUCUUACAAACUAUUCGCCUCUCCUCCAUCUCCUGGUACCGACAUGAGAAGGUUGUCGGAUACUCCGGCACCCUCCAAAUCGACAAACGACCUUGAUACUCCAGCCAGAGAUACCGAACCAGAACCAGUGCCAGUAGUGAAAGUCAAGUCUAACUUGAAAGUCGCACCUGGCUCUGACCAGCCAAAGCCAGAAGUUAUCAAAGGCCCGUGGCGUCUACUUCGUCUCCUACCAAGGGAGAGUCGGCAUAUCAUGGCUCGCAUGCUGGAGAUUGACCCGAGGAAGAGGGCAACGAUGGAAGAGGUUCUAGCUGAUCCCUGGGUCUCCGGCACUACCAUCUGUCGACAGGACGAAGGAGGAGAAGUCUUCCACGCUCCGGGACACACCCACACUCUGGAACCUCCAGCAAGUCAGCCAACCCCAGGGAAAUGA